GAGUUCAGAGGCCUCUGCUCACCUCUGCCCAACCUCUCCCUCUCUGCACCCAAGCCCCCACCGGUACACACAGGAGCAGAGGCAGGCAAGGCAGGCAAGGACUAGGAAAAAGGAGAGGGGCCUGGAGACAGGCUGCCAGAGAGCUCAGAAGCCCAGUGCACCUCUCUGUCCCAACUCUGUCCUCCUGCAGCUGUGGCCACAGCAACAGAAGAGACAGCUAGUAAGACAGGAAGUGAGGCCCGGUACCUUGUGGACAGUGGUGUCAUUAGCCGCAACGCCUAAGAUGUCUCAAGAGAUGGGAGAGCUCACCCAAACCAGGUUGCAGAAGAUCUGGAUUCCACACAGCAGCGGCAGCAGCGGGCUGCAACGGAGGAGGGGCUCAUCCAUACCCCAGUUUACCAAUUCCCCCACAAUGGUGAUCAUGGUGGGCUUACCAGCUCGAGGAAAGACCUACAUCUCCACAAAGCUCACGAGAUAUCUCAACUGGAUAGGAACACCAACAAAAGUGUUUAAUUUAGGCCAGUAUCGACGAGAAGCAGUGAGCUACAAGAACUACGAAUUCUUUCUCCCAGACAACAUGGAGGCCCUACUUAUCAGGAAGCAGUGUGCCCUGGCAGCCCUGAAAGAUGUCCAUGACUAUCUCAGCCAUGAGGAAGGUCACGUUGCGGUUUUUGAUGCCACCAACACUACCAGAGAACGUCGGUCACUGAUUCUGCAGUUUGCUAAAGAACAUGGUUACAAGCAAGUGAAACUCGGCAGCCCUGAUUACGUAGACUGUGACCGGGAAAAAGUUCUGGAAGAUUUUCUGAAGAGAAUUGAGUGCUAUAAGGUCAACUACCAACCCUUGGAUGAUGAACUGGACAGCCACCUAUCCUACAUCAAGAUCUUCGACGUGGGCACACGCUACAUGGUGAAUCGAGUGCAGGAUCACAUCCAGAGUCGCACAGUCUACUAUCUCAUGAACAUCCACGUCACACCCCGCUCCAUCUACCUAUGCCGGCACGGUGAGAGUGAACUCAACCUCAGAGGCCGCAUUGGAGGUGACUCUGGCCUCUCAGCUCGAGGCAAGCAGUAUGCCUAUGCCCUGGCCAAUUUCAUUCAGUCCCAGGGCAUCAGCUCUCUGAAGGUGUGGACCAGCCACAUGAAGAGGACUAUCCAGACAGCUGAGGCCUUGGGUGUCCCCUAUGAGCAGUGGAAGGCCCUGAAUGAGAUUGAUGCGGGUGUCUGUGAGGAAAUGACCUAUGAAGAAAUUCAGGAACACUAUCCUGAAGAAUUUGCACUACGAGACCAAGAUAAAUAUCGCUACCGCUAUCCCAAGGGAGAGUCCUAUGAGGAUCUGGUUCAGCGUCUGGAGCCAGUUAUAAUGGAGCUAGAACGGCAGGAAAAUGUACUGGUGAUCUGCCACCAGGCUGUCAUGCGGUGCCUCCUGGCCUACUUCCUGGAUAAGAGUUCAGAUGAGCUGCCAUAUCUCAAGUGCCCUCUGCACACAGUGCUCAAACUCACACCUGUGGCUUAUGGCUGCAAAGUGGAGUCCAUUUACCUGAACGUGGAGGCUGUAAACACACACCGGGAGAAGCCUGAGAAUGUGGACAUCACCCGAGAACCUGAGGAAGCCCUGGACACUGUCCCUGACCACUACUGAGGCCUUUCCAAGAGUUAAACUGCCUCUCCUCACUGUCUUCUACCUUUAGGAGCUCCUAUCCUUGCUCUUCUCCUACCCUGAGAAGACUCUAGACUUGGCCUCACUGGAAGAGCCCUGCUUCCAGUGAAGGGGCCCUCAGCAGCUCCAAAACAGGUUUCAAUUUUUAGCUAUAAUCAAGGAGUGCAGUCUAGCUCUAUAUGAAAAUUUUUCUUUCUUAAUUCCUAUUCUCUGAUCAAUAAAGACUUCUCUUACUGCCUACUUACUGAUUCCUCCAUUAUCUCCCAAUCCAUCAGCACUCUUCCUCCUCAUUGUUCUUCCAUCCCUAGCCAGCUUGGAUCCUAUGUUCCAUCUCUUUAGCCACUCUCCAUACACCUACUAUGAGCAGGUACCAGUGACCCAGUGGUGAAGAGACUCAUACGCUUACUAUCUUUGUUCCUUUGUCCUUCCAUCAUAACCACUCAGCAAGACCCAAACCUUGUCUAAUCCACAUCACCUUUUUUGUUUGCAUCUGCUACAGAGGUGCUGAUCACUGCUUGAAGUAAAUCUACAUUUAUCUGUUUCCACAGCCACCCUUAAAUCCUGUUCAAAGUCAGGGUCACUCUGUAUUCUCUGGCAUCCAUCCCGUCCCACCUUCUCAGGGAUGGGCUACUUCAGUCAAUUCCUGACUAUUCCAUAUCUGUCUCCUGCCCUCUAUUAGCUUUUGCCCCCACAGUCUAUGCAACACGCUCAGGUUUCUCUCUUCUAUCUCAAGAAAACUCCCUUGUUCCCAUGUCUACCUCUAGUUACCUUCCUUUCUAUCCUCCGUUCUUACACAAACAUCUCAAAAUGAAUCUCUUCUUACUGUCCAGAACCCGCCCUCACCUUCUGUUCAAGGCGUUCCCCUUCUAUAUCUUUGCUCAAGCUAUUACCCCUUGUCUGCCAUGCUUUCCCCUGGUCUCUAUCCUAUUGAAGUCAUACUUGCCUUUUUAGCCUCAGGCUUGAGCCCACCUUCUGUAAAAAGCUAUGCUGAUAUCUAGCUCUUCUAUGAACCCAAAAUGUCACUCGCAACAACCCAAGCACAUUAAAAGACAGAAAAAAGCUCCAAUUCAU